AUGGAGCACUCCUACCUUUACGCUCCCUCCGAGGUGCUCAAACAUUUCGGUGUCUCGGAGAAAUCAGGCCUGUCGCAAUCUCAGGUGCUUCAGGCAAGACAAAAAUACGGUCCAAACGCCCUCGCCGAAGAUCCUCCCACUCCUCUUUGGAAGCUCGUCUUGGAACAAUUCAAGGACCAACUAGUCCUUAUCUUGUUGGGUUCGGCUGCUGUGUCCUUUGUGUUAGCGCUGUUUGAAGAAGGCGAGGACUGGACCGCCUUUGUUGACCCGGCCGUGAUCUUGACGAUUCUGAUCCUCAAUGCCGUCGUCGGUGUAACUCAAGAAAGCAGUGCGGAGAAGGCGAUUGCCGCUCUCCAGGAAUAUUCCGCAAACGAGGCAACCGUCGUCCGCGAUGGAAAAACCCAGCGUGUCAAGGCCGAGGACCUGGUCCCGGGAGAUGUGGUCAUUGUCGCAAUUGGAGAUCGUGUUCCCGCAGAUUGCAGACUGAUUUCGGUCCACAGCAACAGCUUUCGCGUGGACCAGGCUAUUCUGACCGGUGAGAGCGAGAGUGUGUCGAAGGACACCCAGGUCGUUCAUGACAAACAGGCCGUCAAGCAGGACCAGACCAACAUGCUCUUUUCGGGCACCACCGUUGUGAACGGUCAUGCCACGGCGGUUGUGGUGUUGACGGGUGCCUCGACGGCCAUUGGCGAUAUCCACGAGAGCAUCACCUCCCAGAUCUCGGAGCCCACCCCGCUGAAGCAGAAGCUCGACGAUUUCGGCGACAUGCUGGCCAAGGUGAUCACCGUGAUCUGCAUUUUGGUUUGGAUCAUCAACAUUGAGCACUUCAACGAUCCUUCUCACGGUGGUUGGGCCAAGGGUGCCAUCUACUAUCUCAAGAUUGCUGUUUCGCUCGGUGUGGCGGCCAUCCCUGAGGGUCUGGCUGUUGUCAUCACGACUUGUCUCGCGCUCGGAACCCGCAAGAUGGCUCAGAAGAAUGCUGUGGUCCGCUCUCUUCUCUCGGUGGAGACUCUGGGAAGUUGCAGUGUGAUCUGCUCUGACAAAACAGGAACUUUGACCACCAACCAGAUGAGCGUGGAGAAGGUCGUCUACUUGAGUCAAUCCGGCACUGGACUGGAGGAAAUUGAUGUCGAAGGAACCACCUUUGCGCCAGAGGGGAAGCUGUCUCACAACGGUCGGACAGUGCAGAACCUUGCUGUGUCGUCCUCGACAAUCCGGCAGAUGGCUGAGGUCAUGGCUCGCUGCAACAGCGCCGCCUUGUCUCACGAUGCAAAGACUGGUGUUUAUUCUUGUAUCGGUGAGCCUACUGAAGGCGCCCUGCGGGUCCUGGUUGAAAAGAUCGGAACCGAUGAUGCUGCGACCAACGCAAAGAUCUUCAGUCAACCCGUCCCUCAGAGACUUCAUGCUUCCAGCGCUUAUUAUGAGGCUCAGCUACCCCUGCAGGCUACUUAUGAGUUCUCUCGUGACCGCAAGAGAAUGUCGGUCCUCGUCGGCGCUGGCAAGGAACAACGGUUGCUGGUCAAGGGUGCUCCCGAGUCGAUCUUGGAGCGUUGCUCGUAUGUUCUCUUGGGACCUGAUGGACCUCGCGUUCCCUUCACCAAAAACCAUCUGGACCUGCUCUCUGCGGAGGUUGUGGAAUAUGGAAACCGCGGUCUCCGUGUGAUCGCCUUGGCCACGGUGGACGAAGUCGGUGCUAACCCUCUCUUGCACAAUGCCAAGACCACGGACGAGUACGCUCAGCUUGAGCAGAACAUGACUCUCGUUGGCCUUGUCGGUAUGCUUGACCCGCCUCGUACAGAAGUGGCCGAUUCGAUCACCAAGUGUCGGGAGGCGGGCAUCCGGGUCAUUGUCAUUACUGGUGACAGCCGCAACACCGCUGAAUCUAUUUGCCGUCAAAUUGGCGUUUUUGCUGAGGAUGAGGAUCUCACGGGCAAGAGCUUUACGGGUAGAGAAUUUGACGCGCUCUCGGAUAACCAGAAGCUUGAAGCGGUCAAAAAGGCGUCUCUGUUCUCCCGCACCGAGCCUAGUCACAAGUCCAAGCUGGUCGACCUCCUUCAAUCUUUGGGCCACGUUGUUGCGAUGACCGGAGACGGCGUGAACGAUGCGCCUGCCUUGAAGAAGGCGGACAUUGGUGUGGCCAUGGGCACUGGUACUGACGUUGCUAAGCUCGCUGCUGAUAUGGUUUUGGCCGACGACAACUUUGCCACCAUCACGGUGGCUGUCGAGGAGGGCCGGUCGAUCUACAGCAACACUCAGCAGUUUAUCCGUUAUCUGAUCUCGUCCAACAUCGGCGAAGUGGUGUCUAUCUUCUUGACGGCGGCUCUUGGCAUGCCCGAGGCUUUGAUUCCGGUGCAGCUUCUGUGGGUGAACCUGGUGACGGACGGACUGCCGGCCACGGCCCUCUCGUUCAACCCUCCGGACCAUGACGUGAUGAGACGCCCUCCGCGCAAGCGGGAUGAGCGCCUUGUGGGUGGAUGGCUCUUGACCCGGUAUCUGGUUAUUGGAACGUACGUUGGUGUUGCGACGGUCUUUGGCUACGUGUGGUGGUUUGUGUACAAUCCGGAAGGUCCCCAGAUCUCGUUCUGGCAGCUGUCUCAUUUCCACAAGUGCUCGUCCCAGUUCCCUGAAAUUGGGUGCGAGAUGUUUACGAACGACAUGUCCCGCUCUGCGUCGACGGUGUCGCUGUCGAUCCUUGUGGUCAUUGAGAUGCUCAACGCGAUGAACGCGCUGUCGUCGAGUGAAUCUCUCCUCAGUUUCGGUCUGUGGAACAACAUGAUGUUGGUGUAUGCUAUUAUCUUGUCGAUGACGCUGCACUUUGCCAUCCUGUACAUCCCCGCCUUGCAGGCACUGUUUUCCAUUCUCCCGUUGGACUGGACUGAAUGGAAGGCCGUCCUUGCCAUCAGUGCCCCUGUGAUGUAA